AUGAGCAAGCCAGUUCAUGAGAAAGCCGUGAUAAUAGGGAUCUCGGGGCCCUCGAGCAGCGGCAAGACGACCCUUGCGCGGUUACUGCAGCGUGUAUUCUGCGGGGUGAAUCUUAAGCCCAAGGAUUCACGUCUAAACACCUUCAUAAUCCACGAAGAUGAUUUCUAUUUCCCGGACGAUAAAAUCCCCUACACAACCACCGCCUCCGGCGAGAAGAUUCAAGACUGGGAUACAGCCUCCGCAAUCGACAUCCCCUUUCUCUCGCAGGCACUACACUACGUGCGCGAAAACGGGACACUCCCACCGCGACUACGGAGCAAGGAAGACCAAAACGACGCGACGGAUUCCGGCGUGUCCGACAAGAUCGUACAGGAGUUGAGGGAUAUUGUUGGGUCUCGGUUACGGAACAAAGCAGCAGAGAAAAGCACCGAGAGCCCGACUAUUGCGUUCUUAGAGGGAUUUUUGCUAUUUGCGCCGCCUGAGCAAGAACAGCACGUCCUCCGUUCCGUCCAUGACGCUAUACAUCUCCCUCUCUUCCUGCCUGCGGCAUAUGAGCUUGUUAAGGCUAGACGCGAGGGGAGGAGUGGGUAUGUGACUGUUGGGCCGGUGCCGGAGCCGCCAGCGCAGAUUACUGAAGAUGGGGGGGAUAGUCAGGAAGGAAAGACAGGGACAGAUAUUGAUCUUGAAGCUGAGGAUGAUCGGCCACCUCAGAAUUUCUGGGUUGAUCCGCCCGGGUAUGUGGAUGAUGUUGUCUGGCCGCGGUAUGUGACGGAUCAUGCCUGGUUGUUGAUUGCCGAGGAUGAAGAUGAGGAUCAGAAGGACGGUAGUCAGGCUCUGACGGAGGCUGAGCUUGUUCGGAGGAUUGGGGAUGGGACUAAGGCUAGGACUGAUGUUGGGGUCGAGGUUGCACCGGGGUGUGGGAGUGCAGGGAUGGAUGUUGUUUUGAGGUGGGCCGUUGAGUUGAUUUUGGGGUAUUAUUUGGAUCGGAUGGGGGUAUAG